AAAAUCAGAAGAGGUGAACCUUGUAUAAAAGCGAUAAUAGUUUAACAAAGUUAUAAUGCUAAUAAUUCGUGAAUGCAACCACCACUAAAUAAAAAGGAAAUAUGGGAUUUUUAGAUAGAACUAGACCUCAACGGCAACAGAAUGGACAUCAUAGGAAAGGCAUCAAACACAGAGAAUAUUCGUCAUGCAUUACUAGAAAACAAUCGUUUAACUGUUCCCAGAUUCCAACUGGACAAAGUAUUACUAACUUAGCGGAAGCAGGAUUUUUUUAUGCAGGCCAUAAAGACUACGUAAGAUGCUUUACUUGUGGAGUUUUGAUAAAGAACUGGCAACAGGGACAAAACCCUUUAACAGAACAUAGUCUCAAAUCACCUAGCUGUAGCUUCCUUCAACAACCAAGAAGUCAUAACCAUCAUGAUGAAAGAUCAAAUGAUCCUAUUUCAAACGAGACGGUAGAUAGACUGGCAGCUGAUAUCCAGUUAGUUCUUAAUCUAGGAUAUGACAUGGAUUCAAUCCAAAGAGCAUACCAAUUAUGUCACGAAACAAACAGUGGAUUAAGAACUGUUGAUAUUAACCAACUCACAAAUAGACUUCUUGACUUGACAGUUGUUGAAAAUCAGACAGCAGAAGAAACAACACAACAAAGACAAGAUAUCCAUCUGGGUGACCAGUCUCAGGAAGAAAGAACUCCCAGCUACAUUCAGCGUAUUGAACAAGAAGUUCACCAACUUAGAGAAACUUUGAUGUGUAAGAUUUGUAUGGAUAACUCCGCGAAUGUUGUGAUUAUGCCAUGUGGACAUUUCUCAUCAUGUUUGCAGUGUUCUUCCGCACUGACAAAUUGUCCUCAAUGUAGAGUCGGUAUUACAUCCAGAAUUAAAGUUUUCCUCUGAACACAUAUCCGAGGUGAACUAAAUCUACGAAAUGAACUUAAACGUACAUUUGAAACCUAUGGCCCCAAGCAGUGGUUCACUCAGUAGGCAGCUACACGAAGAUAAUUUACAGUGUUGUGAUAUUUUCCAUAAAUAUGGAAACAUUUAUUUGUUGAACCUUAAUUUACACGUGAUGUACCCACAAUGACAAAUAUAAUAUUGCUUUAGCAAAAUUUUUUUUUUUUUUAUAAAACUAAAAACUAUUACAUGCUUUAUUGAAAUAAUAUAUCAACAAGUUAUCAUCUAGUUAUUUUUUUUUUAUGUAAAAAAGGAUGUAGAGUACAGGUCAAUGAGAUAUCAACCGAAAAUAAUCAAGGAAUUAUAUAAUGACACUCAAUAAUCUAGGAUAAUAGUAGUAUAAUUUAAUCGUUUUUUUUUAACAAUCAACCAGUGUACGCACCUCAUCAUGAAACCCUAAUGGAAACAAACUAAGAACGUAGAAAUGUACAGAAAUUACAAAAAAUGAUUACAAAUUAAAUUAUUUUUUAUUGAUAAAUGUAGACAUCUAUACAUCUAAUUAUAUAAAGAUAAGAUUAAGUAAUAUUAAUUUAAGUAUUGAACAGGGUAUACAUCGUAAAUUACCCCUUGAAAAAAGAGUAGGUCUCUUCUGUAAAAAAGGUUUAAAAUAUCAAAUUUUAAGAGUAUGACAUAAAUAAAGUUAUUGUUAAGGCGGUAAAUGAUUUAUAUGUACUUAUAUAAAAAUAAGGAGAUGUUGUAUGAUUGCCAAUGAGACAACUAUCCACCAAAGUUCAAAUGAAGUGGAUGUAACUAAGUAUGUUAUACACAUUUGUGAUUAUUUUUAUUACAUGUAUAACUGUUUUAUUAUAUUUUAUAAUAAUCUCAUUUAGAAUAUUAUACUUUUACUUUCAAAUUUGCAAAAGUAUCACCUUCUCAAAAAUAUAUAAAUAUAUGAUAUACUUAUAUACUAUGAAUGUUUUUUAACUUUGAAUUUUGUAUGUUUAUCUAUAUUGUCAUUUGUAUGUCAUUUAUGGCUUGGUAACAAUCCAAUAUUUGUAUUUUAUACCAAUAGAUAAUUUGAUUUGAUUUGAUUUGAUUUGCAACAACUCUGUCAUGGUCUCUAUUUUCAUAAAAAGGAUCAUCAACUAUAUUAGCCAUAAUAUUUCGUUCUACUUUUUCUCAUAUGUUCUCAAAACCGGAAUUUUCAAAUUGUUUGUGAUUGAUUCAGUUUGAUUUGAAAUAAAAUCUAUUUUUUUGGAUUUAAUAACCCGAAUUUGUCUUCAUUCAUUUCAUGUAUCAUCUUUGGUUGUUUUUUCUGCUUUGUUGGAAAUUUCACACUCCAUCCAACACUGCAUUUAUUGAUGUUUUUAAGCUUUAUUUUAAAGAGGAAAUACUUUGUACCGAGAAGUCUAUAUCUUGAAGCCUCUAAAAUUGUCACAGGGCUAAGAGAAACACUGUCCAUCCCUAUGUCGUCCUUCCAAUGAUUUUACUAUCCAGGAAAUUGACCAUGACUUCAAGUCAUAAAAUGUUUUAAAAAUAACACAAUAUCAAUGUAUUCAUUACAUAUUUGUACAAGAAACUAGUGUUGUCUUACUCAUGUACUGUUGCAUCGAGUUCAAGAACUGUUAAUAGUGAAUAUAUGAAAAUCGUAAUUCAUCUUCUCUUCAUAAUAGGUACAUACAAAUGUUGAAAAACCUACCAAACUUAUUCGAGAACCAUUAGUUCCGGAUAUACUGAGAGUGGGAAUUAUAUGCUUCCCAGAUUUCUUAUGUUCAAAAUUAUAAAUAUUACCUUCUCCUACAUCAAAUAUAAAAUCACAGAAGUACUUUGUAUUCAACUUGAACAUAUGAAAUGUAUUUUCAGAAAUAAUCCUUUUUAUACUUUACUGUUAAGUUAUGUAGGGAGUAAAACAGUCAUGAUGGUUCGACGGGAAAAAUCACGUUAAGUUUGAAGUGAAGCGGUUAUCUAUUUGGCGUUAGUGAAAUUUUGAUUUGAGAUUAUUUUUUAUAGUUAUAAGUAGUAAGAUAUCACGUAACUUUAAAGAUUUCUUCUAAUUGGGCUAUUUUUUUUUAUCCUUGUACAAAAAUAAUCACUGGACAAUGACCGAUAUCUGCUCCGUUCACCGGCCGCUUUGUAGCUAUUAAACUGCUGUUUGCUGUAUUUGUUGGCUGGUGGUUAUCAAUUUUUUUCUAGUUCAGUGGGAAUAUUUCAUACAUGUUUAGGACGAUGUUUGAAAUUGUGUGAUUAGUUAUUGUGUAAAGAAAAUACGCAAUAAUCCCUUUCUACAGUGACUAAUAUAUAUAGUCACAUCAGCCUCAAAGACAAAUGUGACGAUUUGAAUUUUAAAAAAAUGAAAUAUCAAAAUUUAAACCGACAUAUGCUUACAUAUAUGUGUAUGUCUCAUCUUAUUCGAUGUGUCACUAUUAAGUCUUUUAUAUUCACCAUAACGGAUAAUAGUUCGGCAAUAUUAAUAAAAUAAGGAAUUGCAAGGGAUAGUCUCAAAAUAUUUCAACGACAUAAAUACAAAGUGAUUGCCUUUGCGUGCUAGUGCCACAACUUUUUGUAUAGAAUUACAUACGGAGACCAUCACUUGUUGUUAUUUUUGUCUUUGAAAUAUGUCGAGAUGUUCACUGACAUUUCCUUUCUAUGUAUACUUCUAACAGCAUAUGCAAUUGUUUAGGCCUGUUAACGUCCUUUCUUUGGCAGACAAGAUGACUAUUCAAAACAAUUGUGUUUGCUUAUUUAAUGUUUGUUAUCGUCCUUCCAAUUAUUAGACAGUGCAUAGUUAUUUUUUUGUUUAUGAUUUUUUGUGUUAUUGUGUUAUUUGCGUUUGUAAUUUUGUGAUCUCGAUAUAUUUUCCCUUUUGCUAACGUGUAGUAAACUAUAUUUCUUUUAUAGAAACAUUUUAGUACUGUUUUUUUUUUUACUUUUCUGUUGUGAUAUAUCCAAAUUCAAUUUUAAUUCAAUGAUUUCAUUGUUUAAAUCAUAUAUACUUAUAUACGAAGGGGUUGAAAAAAAGACACAUCUUAUUUACUAGUAUAUUUGCAAAUAAAAGAUGUAUAGAAUAAUGA